AUGUACAAGUCUGUAGUGUUGGCGGCUUGUCAAUUGGUGUACAAUUUAUUUUUCACAUAUUUUAGUGGAAGCACAAUUUUACAAUCCCAUUCCCUUGUGUUUUAUAAUAUUCUUUAUACGAGCUUGCUUCCAUUUGCAUUUUCAAUGGGAGAUAUUAGUGUUGGAGAAUUUUUACAAUUCCUUUCACCAAUCAAACAGACAAGAAACAACACUAUUAAUCAUCAACAGCAGCAUCAUGGGCACUCAUUCGAGGUUUCAGACAUGGCUCUCGAGAAAAUUCCAGAACUUUACAAAUCAAGCCAAAAAGGAGAGACUAUUACAAAACACAGUCUGGUGCUAUGGUUUUUAAAUGCUAUUUAUCAAGGAUUUACAAUUAUUGCAAUAUUCUCACUCAGUGCUGGAUCAUUCUCUCAAGGGUGUGCAUGUUUUUCAAAACAAUAUGGAGACUCUCCUAUAGGUACCGCUGAGGAAAUCUCCAAAUAUGGUCAUUUCAAAAGUGAACUGGAACAUUUGAAUAGUCUUGUCAUGUUUGUUCUAGUCACGGUUCAGUGGAUUACUGUGAAAUUAAUUUAUAAUUGGAAUACUGUGACAAGAAUAUACUGUGCUGAGAAGAGAAAAUUUUCACUCAUAUCCAUGAUUUUAAAACUCAGAUUUUCUAACAUUAUUAUGGGAAUUAGUGUGAUUGCAUUCUUAAUUAUUAACGCCAUGACUUUCUCAGGAAUUUCAUCAACUCGAUCCAUUUUCUCCAUGCUUCUAGUAUUUGGAAAUUAUUCAUGCUUGUAUUUAAUUGCUUUGCUGACCAUUGUGAUCUGCAUUUUACCAUCUCUGUUUGUCAUGUGGGGAAUUCGAGAUGGUCAGCUCAUUCUUCUCUAUCAAGCAUUAUUCCACAAAAAAACUCAUGGAAUUGCAUAUCAAACUAUUUCUGCAAUGGACGACGAUCAAAACACAAGUGAAAUACCUCCCAUGACUCCAUCUGAAUAUGCCUUAUUGAAAUUUAACAUUUCUGCAUUUGUCAGACAUGAAGAAGAGAAAUUUUAUCACGAGAGAGACGCGUCACGUCACCGAACCACACAUGCAUCCAAUGAAAAUACGAUUGAACCAAUAGCCACUCAAGAUCAUUCAUUGAGUCAUGACGAGUGCCACUCCAAUCAAGCAGAAGAUGAAUUUUAUCACACUCUCAGAAACAAGGUGAGAUUUUCAAUGAAUCUUCCACUAAAAACUACUCAAUGA